AUGGAUCCCAUCACAGCCAUAGGCUUGACUGCUGCAGUAGUUCAGCUGCUUGACUUCAGCAUCAAGGCCGCGAAAACGGUCAAAGAGGUGCGAGACCGCGGGUCAAGCACUGAUGUGGAGGAUACAGAUCACGUGGCAUCGCAUCUCUCUUCGCUCUCCGAAAGUGUCAAGAGCUCACUCCAACUGUCGAGUAUUCAUCGAUCGUUGAGCGGAGAGGAAAAAGAGCUUCUGGAGAUCAGCAACAAGUGUCAAGAAUGUAGCCGAAAGCUGCAGGAACAGCUGAACAAGCUCAAAUUGAACGACGAUGCGAAAACUUCGGAUCGUCUCAAGGUUGUUGCGAGGACACUGUUCAAGAAAGACAGUAUAGCCACGAUGCAGGAGAAGCUGGACGGAUUUCGAAGAGUCCUUGAAUCAAGGCUCUUACUUAGGCUUAGUCAGCGAUGGGACGUCGAAAGCCUGAGAACGAGCGACAGAUUCGAGGAAUUGAAUGAUGCCGCCGAGCACCUCGUUGCCUGCCUUAGUGACUCAGAAACCAGUCUGACAAAAUUAGUGCAGUAUGAGGCACUCGAGACUCGACAGCAUGUGACACAGGAGAUAGAACGAUUGAGGCAAAUUCAAUUGAAUGAUAAGUUCUAUCAAGAUGUGAAGGAUAGCCUUUUCUUCUCCGAGAUCUCCUACCGUCAAGAGCAGAUUGAGCACGAAUUCGACGGCUUCGAGGACAGCAAUGAUUGGAUAUUCGAAGGAUCAUCCCUUGGCGACUCUCCACUGGAACAUCCAUCUAAGCGCUCGACCGCGCCUAAAUGGGACAACUUUUCGGACUGGCUUCGAUCUGGAAGUGGAGUCUACUGGAUCAAUGGCAAAGCUGGAUCAGGGAAGUCGACUUUGAUGAAUUUCUUGUACAGUCAUCUAAGAACGAACGGUCUAUUGAGGGAUUGGGCUGGUAGAAGAAAACUCCUGACUCCAGCUUUCUUCUUCUGGAACUCGGGCAGUGUUCUCCAAAGAAGUGUCCAAGGGCUCUUGCGUUCGCUAAUCUACCAAAUUAUAGAGGUGUGUCCUGAAUUGGCGUCAUGUGUCAAGAAUCCACAGUUCACUUGGACGGAACAGAGGCUGCUUGAUACCCUUUCGUCUCUUUUGACCCAGAUAUUGUUGCCGGUCGCAAUAUGCAUGUUCAUUGAUGGCUUGGAUGAGUUUGAUGGUUCUUACAGCUCCAUAAUCAACAUUUUACAUCGUCUUGAUUCUCAGACAAACACAAAAGUCUGCCUGUCUAGUCGACCACUGCAUGAGUUUGAGACUGCAUUUAAUGCAAAACCAAGUCUGAGGUUACAAGAACUAAGCUUCGGUAGCAUCAAGAGAUAUACGAAGACUAAACUUCUCAAUAGUCUUCAAAAUCAGAGCUUCUAUGACGAAUACGACCAACAAAAGAUUUUAAAUUGGGCGGAAGAGAUUACAUGGCGGUCGGAGGGUGUAUUUCUUUGGGCUGUCCUCGCUGUGCGGGGUCUCUGUCAGGGGCUCAUUGAUUUUGCUGAUCUCAGUGACUUGACUAAGCAAGUUGAUGACCUCCCACAGGGUAUUGAAAGUCUCUACAGCCAGAUGCUCAAGCGAAUCAAGCCUGCAUAUCGGCGCAAUGCAAUUAAGUAUCUUCAGAUGGCCUUGUUUGCGCUUGAUGAUGACUUGGAUCUGAGUCUGUCGCAUUUCUAUCUCAUUGAUAAUGAGACUGUAACAGAAGACUGUCCGCUCAUUCCAGACAGCCAACAGCUGCCUAAUCUCGAGUCGUGCCAGAACAUGAAAAUUCGACUGCUUUCUCACACCUUGGGACUUUUAGACAUAGUUCCAAAUACCGGACCUUCUGUGGCCCAGUCUGGGAUCAACGACAAAGUUCAGUUCUUCCACAGAACUGCAGUAGACUUCUUGCGCCACGAGAACUCACAGUCAGCCCUGAUGAAUGAAUCUAUCACUGAAAGACAUUUUCAGCUCUCCUACAGCAGAGGCAUCAUAGCGCACCUAAUGUAUAUUUCUUCUGGAGCUAUUACGACGUCCCCGGGUAGAGAUCAUAAACGACACCUGGCAGCGGUCGAGGAUGACCUCGGUGCAGCGAUGUCACGGAUCUCUUCCAUUGAGAGAGACGCUCAAGUAGCUCAGUCAUGUCUGCUAAAAUCGUUACACCAGUACCUUGUAUACGCAGAUGCCCGCUUCUUCCGCAGCAUCGGCGACUUAUUGCGCAGAAAAGGUUGGGGGUUCUUAUUCCCAGUAGACCUCGUAGGAUUGGCUGCUCAAUUCAACAUGCCAGUAUUUGUAUUCAGAGUCAUUGGGAAACCGUUCUCCAGGGAUCCGUCAUGCGACAGGUGCAGAGAAGGCUACAAGCGAUAUGAUGCCAUUGUUCAUCACAAAAUCGAUAACUUUUGGUGGGACUUGGAAGAAGAUGUUCAACGGCUGCAUGACCAAGAUCGUGCGUGGCUGAAGAAACGACUGAAAUGGGGGAACACUUCGCCCACAACAGGACAAAUGACGACCUGCGAUUGCGACGAUAUUCUCCCUGAGACCUAUAUACUUGGUCGCCUUUCAAUACGUAGAAUCUUAUCCCGAGACUGGGUUGAAACUGAGGAGUCCAAAACAGAGGCACAAUUGAUGAAGGCUCUUUUGUGUGCAGGUGCAAACCCUAUGUUACAAAUGAGCUUCAUUCAAAGUGCGAAUGCUAGACUAGGCGGAGCAGAGAUAACGCCAUUUCAAUCAUGUUUCUGGCACCAUUGGCUUUUGAAAAUGCUUUUAGUACGAGUCCAAUGGGGACAUGAAAUAUUUUUGAAAGAGAUGACGAUCUACUAUUGGGACUUGACUAAGUCUUUAUUGACUCAUGGUGCCAAUCUAGACUACGAAAUUCAGGAUAAAGGUAGUACGAUAAGCCGAAGAUAUGUUGCCCUUGACUUCGACUUCAAAAUAAAUACAUGUGAUGUCUUAGAUAUGAUCUUUGGGGAUUUUCUGGAAUGGCGAGAUAUUAUUGGGAAUUGUGUCUCAAGCUUUUCGCAGCCAAAGAGAAGGAUUAUUUCCAUAUUUCCUAGGUCACUUACGCCUAGGCCUUCAAAAUUCUCUCGUGGCAAGCGUACAUACCUUAGUGACGAAGAGUCAGAAAGGUUGUGGCAAAUUAUAGAGGUAAAAGGAGAAGUGGACGAGGCUUACGAGGUGUACAAAGAGAUGAAAAGGAUUUUUUUGGCGCAUAAUCCAGACCUGUCCGCCUGA